AUGAAACGGAUAUGGAAUAAAAUCGGAUCAACUGCAAAAAGCGGAGCGUUUUUGAAAAAAGCGAUUAAUCAUGUAGCCGAAGUUGAGAAAGGAGAUAUUAAGGUAGUUCCUCCAAAAUACCCAACCGAGAGAAAACAUGAAGCGGAUGAAGUGGCAAAAAAGGAGAUUUUCUCCAAAAACGAGAGACUCGUGGAAAAUAUGAAUAAAAUGAAAAUUACGUCAACAGAUCCAGUCGAGAGAUGGACAUCGACCAAAGAUUUACCAACUAGGGAAUCUGAAUUUCUUCAUAGAAAUGAUCCAAUUUGGGAGUAUGGAUUUUAUGAGCCAUCACCAGAACGUAUCCCAAAGAAUAAGCUUAUGUUCAGGGAGGCUCUUGAAUUCAUGAGACUCCGACAACAGAUCGAAGGAAGCCAAAACCCGAAACAGAAAAUAGAAGCUACUGAAGCUUUAAAGAAACAUUCAGCUCCAUCUCGAGUAGACGCUGAGCUACUUGAAGACAUUUACGAGUAUUUUCGACCAUUCGAACGAAAAGAUCUACAGAAAGUUGUCAAUCGAAGGGAAUUAGCUGCUCUUCAAGAUCACCUUCAAAAUAAUUCCGAUCAACGAAUGUUGUAUGAGGAAGCUGGUCGCCUAAAAGACACACUGAGUGUUAAUGCCAAAUUUCUUAACGAAUAUCGUAAUUUGGAUGACACAGAAAAAGAAAAAGUGCGUGAGGCAAUUAUGAAGUUGCGACAAGAAGAACACGAGCGUCUCGGCAAACGUCUGGCUGAAAUUGAACUGACAGAGAAAGAGUCUGCAGAAGCAAUACGGACAAAGCGAGCUGAGCAGAGUUCGAAAUCAGACGAAAAGUCUUAG